AUGGAACCCAUUAGCACGAACAAUGGAGCCAAAGAACCACUCAAGCAAACCCAGACCCUUGGAAGUGUCCGCUAUCACCAUGAGCACACGAAUGAGAUCAUCCUCAUUCCAACUCCAUCACAGGAUCCCAAUGAUCCCCUGAACUGGAGUAAGGCAAGGAAGUACUACAUGGCGACGUUGAUUUGCCUCGCUAUGUUCAUGUGCAACUUCCUUGCAGCUGGACCAACUAUCGCUAUAGUAGAAACCGCCAUGGACUUCUUCCCUGCAGCUGGCCCAGCAGGCAUGGUUGGGGCAAUAUCCAAGACUUCGUAUUUCUUCACAUGUACUGCCCUGCUUCAAGGAGUUGGUAACUUCUUCUGGAUGCCGCUUGUCAACAAAUAUGGACGACGACCCGUAUAUCUCGCAAGCUAUGCCUUGUAUUUUGCGGUUGCCCUUUGGCUAUCUUUUACGAAUUCUUACGCCAGCUUCUUGACAGCUCGCAUACUCAUGGGAUUUGCUUCCGUAUUCUUUCUUCAUGAACGUGGAGCUGUUAUGGCUAUGUAUUCGUCAGCUCUUUCAUGUGGUGUUGCGGGAGGUAUUAUUGUUGCUGGACUCAUCACCAUCCAUAACACCUGGCGCACUAUCUACUACGUAGCAACUGCCUUGAUCGGCUCCCUCCUCCUGCUCGUCUUUUUCACAUUCCCCGAAACAAGUUACUCUCGUGAGACUACCACUGUCAACGGUAAUGAAAUACCUCCCGCGCAGGAAAAGUCUCAUAUCUCAAGCGAUCAUUUUGAGACCGGCAUCAACCCAGCUAUCCCGAAACGUAAAUCGUACCUACAAGAACUCCAAAUCUUCUCCGGGACCUACACGACAGAAAGUCUGUCCAAUCUUUUCAUCCGACCACUUGCCCUAAUAGUUCUUCCCCCAGUCUUAUGGGGCGCCCUCGUCAUGUCUGUCACCAUCGGGUUCCUAGUCGCAGUAACAUCCAACGUUGCGCCAGCAUACAGCACAGCAUACGGAUUUGAGGCCUGGCAAACCAGUCUUUGUUUCUUGUCUGCCAUAGUAGGCUCGCUGAUUGGUAUAUUCAUUGGAGGACAUAUGAGCGAUGGAUUGGCCGACUGGUUUACCAAGCGCAAUGGCGGCCUGAGAGAGCCCGAGAUGAGGUUGCCAAGUAUCGCGGUUAGUUUGAUUACAACACCUCUCGGAUUGAUACUCUAUGGGGUUGGGAUCCAGUACAAACUUCAUUGGAUAUGUCCUACUAUCGGUUUGGGACUGCUAAACUUUUCAAUCGUCCAAGCAACAAAUGUCUCCCUUGUCUAUACUAUCGACUGCUAUCGCCCAAUCGCAGGCGAGGUUACUGUUACUACCAUGGCGUUUAAAUCCUGCUUUGGCUUCCUGCUUUCUUUUUAUACCAAUCCUUGGGUUGACAAAGUAGGUUAUUUAAAUGCCUAUGGAACUAUGGCUGGUAUUUCCGCAGCAGUCCUGCUGUGUGGUAUCCCUAUUUAUAUCUUUGGGAAGGAGAUUAGACAUAGAUCCUGGAACUGGAGCGUGGUAAAGUUUGUCCACUGGGAUGAUGACAGGGAGGUUGGUGAAUAA